AUGCACACAGUGACUGGGAAGAACAACGUGGAAGAUGCUGUACCAAAGGUAUCGGAUUUGCUUCGGCUAGAGCAGAAACGUCACUCAGUAGUUCAAAGCAGUCCGGGGACACUUGGCCUGGUAUGUAAGUCUACUACAGUAACCUCUAGUCAAGAAGACGGAGGGAAAGCCAAGGUUCCCAUCUUGGGCCUCGUUCAUGCAACGAAGUCGAGAAGUCUUUCACAGCCGCCUUCAAUCGAAGAUGGCCCACAGAGAAGUUGUUAUGAAAAUCAUAAAGAGACCUCUUCGGUGGCAGCUCGAUGGGUAAGUUGUCAGGCGGGCUUCGUGGGCACCCUAGAUGAGGCCGUGUCAUCGCCCAGAACCCAGCCGACUCGAUCGACACGUUCGCUGGCGAACUCCGCUGCUUCAAUCGGGACGACACCUAGCGAUCACCUACCUGCACUUCAGAGUUUGAGCUCAACGGACAAUGAUGGGCUUAAGCCACUAGGUACAGAAGAAAUCGACCCAACAUGUUUUGAUCUAGUAGCACCACCGGAAGCGCCUCGACAUCAGUCCUCCAUUGAAACUAGUUCAGAGCUGCUCAUGUCCGCUGAACAUCUAAAGAUCAUCUUCGAAGAUCCAAAGCAAAUGCAGAAAUUCACCCAGUUUCUCUACACUCGGAAACCAGAAUCGGUUCCACUCCUAAACCAUUACUUGAACUUGGUUAAAGCGUUAAAGGCAAUUGAUUAUUCUAAUGCCAUCAUAAGAGAGUUGGCUCCAAUCAACAGAGCGCCGUCGAUCGAGCUGCCCCUCAUCAAAACCAUCAGCAAGUUGUUGAUGGGUAAAGCCAAUGAAACGUUUAUGGUUCUUGUACAAGAGGAGCUACCCGCUUAUGUUACUCAUGUAUGGGCUCGGAUUGUGAAGUCGACGAUUAAACAGCGAGUCAAAAGCACUUUGCCACCUUUAUUACUCGAGCUAUCGGAGGGACUUGCUGAGGUUUUUUGCUUGACAGAUCCAUCCAGGGACGACCAUCCGAUAAUAUUUGCCAGCGAAGCGUUUCAUAAGGCUACUCAGUAUGGGAAAAGGUUUUCUCUAGGCCGUAAUUGCCGAUUUCGGUACGUAUCAAAACCUGUUGUACCGAUUGUGAGACCCGGUGUCAGGAGAAAGAUCUAUGGUUUUCCAAAGCUGACUGUUGCCACAGUAUUUCAAGGCCCUAAGACGAAUCGCUGUAGUGUCCUGAGGCUGAAGGAGGCACUUGCUAUAGGCAAAGAACACUGCGAAACCAUGUUGAAUUACAGGCGUGAUGGAUCAGCAUUCAUGAACUUACUUAUGAUUGCACCCCUCUACGAUAACCGUGGCAACAUCCGCUACCAUCUCGGAGCUCAAGUGGAUGUCUCAGGGCUUCUCAAAGAAUGUGCUGGUCUAGGAUCAUCAAUAUGGGAGCUCAUAACACAGAGGCAUGCCCAGUCCGACACUUACAGUGGCGAUUGUCGUCAGGAAAUUGAAGAUUCGCGCGCGAGCAAAGACAUUCUCGGUGAUCUCGCUGAGAUGUUCUCCCUCAGCGAAUUGAAAAUUGUUCAAGGAUUAGGCGAAACGGGGCACGACAGGCACAGCGAAAAGACGAAUAGUGUUGGCCAGUCCAGCUCAGGCACAGACAGCAAGUUACAAGUCUUUAUCAAAGACGAGGCAAUGGCCAUCGAAGCGCCCAUGGCCAACUCCAUCUCAUCAUCUGGACUUACCCCGCUGACCAGUUCCUCACUUACGGAACGCUCCCAGGGCAUGAUCGAACACUACCUUCUCGUGCGCCCGUUUCCGAGCUUGAGCAUCCUUUUCGUGAGCCCCUCGCUACGAGUCCCAGGGAUUCUGCAAACACCCUUCAUGUCGCGGAUUGGAGGGGCGCAGAGCACACGAGAUACCAUAACGCAAGCCUUCAAGGACGGCAGCGGCGUCACGAUCAAGGUGCGAUGGCUCACACGUCCCCUCGCAGCCGGACGCAACGCAAAUAUCACCACCACCACUUUGAGCCCUGACCAGGGGCGGAGCCGCUGGGUACACACGACGCCUCUGUUUGGCGUCGAUGGCGCCAUCGGCGUGUGGAUGGUCAUACUUGUAGACGGCGAGGAGAAGCAGAGGUUGCUGAGCGCUCCGCCUGUCGACCUAUGCAAUAUGGAAAGACGACGGCCAUUCGACGUCAACACCGGCACGGAGCAUAGAUCCACGUCCUGGGCGUCCGAUGAAGUGCAGUUUGUGGAUGCGGACGGCCUAAUUGUGGAACAAGACGACCCUGAGGUCGCGCGCGUACAUCGAGCCUGCGAAGUCAAACUGGGCGAGAAUGGGCACGAGUCUUUUAAUCUCAAGAUAACGGAGUCACCAUGAGCGCCAUUCUUCCAUAUCCUGCACUACACACCUGAAACCCCCUCCUGAAAUGAGUUAAAUUCGA